AGCUGAACAUCUACUUAUUGUUACUUCUCACUCUUAACUUCGCUCGCCCUUUCCACUCUCUUCAUCUUCCUUCACUCGUUCCAACAAAACUCAAACAAAGUCCACAUUCUAAGCUUGAUUUUAAUGGCAGAAGAAGAACAAAUUCAAACCUAUAAUUCUGACAAUAAAACCAAAAAACCAUUUUUAUCUCUUCAAGUUUACCGCAGAAAAAUCCGCCCAAAAUCAGAUCACAGUUUACCCGAAGAAUUGGUGAUUGAAAUCCUCAAACGCAUACCAGUUUCAUCACUACUUAGAUUUAUGUGCGUCUGCAAAUCAUGGUACUCUCUUAUAAAAAAUCCAUCUUUUAUUUCUGCUCAUUUAUCCCAUCAAUCUGAUCCCACCUCCAAAAAUGGCAUUUCAACAAUUUACAGUGUUCCAUUUCAAUUUUUCUUGCAUAAUGUUGAUGAAGCUUUAGAUAAUUGGGUUGAAAUUGAUUCUCCUGUUGGAUAUGUGAACUUAAUUGUGGGUUGUUGUCAUGGUGUAAUUUGUUUGUAUGAUUAUUGGUCUCGUGGUUUUAGUCCUUUGGUUUUGUGGAACCCUUCAAUUAGAAAAGCAUUCACUCUUCCUUUUCCAGUGUCGAAGACGGCAUUUUCAGGAACAGAUUUCACAGUUGUAGAUGAGGGUUUUGGGAAAUAUGUUUUGCCGAAUUUUACCUUAGGGUUUGGGUUUGAUCCCAUUUCAAAGGAGUAUAAGGUUGUUAGGGUUUUUUAUAAUUGGGAGUCGGGAAGUCGUGUUACGUAUCUUCAAGCCGAUGUUUGUAGCCUUAGCAAGGGUGAUUGGAGGACGGUUCAUUCUUCUGUUGAGGGUGGCAAGUUUGUUAUAAAGUGUAGGGGGGUGUAUGUGAAUGGGGUAAUACAUUGGAUGUGUAAGAAGAAACUUGGUAAUAAUGUGUUUGUAAAGACGGUUUUGGCUUUUAAUCUGGCCAAUGAAAAAUUUAGUCAAAUUCUUUUGCCAAGUCCCCUGUCAAGUGCGGUAUUGUUAUCAGUGAAAGUUGUUGAGGAUAAGCUCGCUGUGUCGUGUACCGGUGAUGCCAGCAAUGUAUGGGUGAUGGAGGAAUAUGGUAUGGCAAAAUCGUGGAGAAAGCUUCUCAAUUUUCAUAUAGGAGAUAAUGUCGGUACAGUUUUAGGUGCUAGGGUUGCUAAGGAUGGUAAAAUUGUGGUGACAACAUCUGUUGGAAAUUGGAUUUCAUGGGAUCCUAGUAAUGAGAAGUUGGAGAACCUUGCUCUGCCCGUCCUGGAGCCAGAUUAUGUGGAUACUUAUGUCCGGAGUCUUGUUUUACUUGGAUUCAAAAAUCAAGCUUUGCGUUGCAGGAAACUCCCUUUGAAGAAGAAAGUGCGGAAAAGAUUAACAGCUCAUAAGUAUAGACUGGCAGGUAAAUGACAAUAUUAAUCACCGUACUAGCAUGAUUUGGCUGAUUAACUGCAAAGUGUUUUUGGAGCUAUUCCUCGGCAAAUGAUACAACUACACCUGUGCUUCUUGAUUCUUUUAUUCAGCUGGCUGUUAUCUGUUGGGAGCUGAUUUUGUUAGAUUGGGAGGUAAAGCUGGACUACCAAGCUUGCACUGAUAACCUUGUAAGAAAACUUUGAUUACAGCUUAAACAAAUUGGAGUGCCCUACUACUAAGAUAUGGAAUUUCAUAAAGCAGAUACAAGCAGAAAACAGAAAAUCAAAUGGUUAGAAGAGAGAGAGAGAGAGAAAGAGAGAG